AUGCAGGCCGCUGUCUUUCCUACUUGGUCCACGAGCUCCAUGCAGAAGAAGCAUGCAAAUCACCGUGCAUUUCAUUCGCAUGCGUCAUCGUCCCGCCGACCGUUCCAUAGUUCAACUCGUCUGGACGCAUCCAAGCGCGACUACUACCAGGUUCUUGGCGUCAAGAACGACGCAACGAAGAACGAGAUCAAGAAGAAGUACUACGAGUUGGCGAAGAAGUUUCACCCGGACACGAACAAAGACGACCCGAACGCGGCCAAAAAGUUUGCCGAGGCCACGGAAGCAUGGGAGAUUCUCGGCGACGAGGAGAAGCGCCAAAAGUACGACACGUUUGGCCAUGCGGGCGUUGAUCCCAACGGUAUGGGCGACGGCGAUGGCGACUUUCACGGGUUUGAGGACAUCUUUUCGCAAAUGUUUGGACAUCAAGGCGGGCGCGGCCGCGGCAACGGACGACCACGGCCCGAGCGCGGCGCCGAUGUCCAAGUGAAUACCCACAUCUCUUUCAUGGAAGCUGUCAACGGGACAACUCGCGACCUGAACGUGUACACGGACGUGACAUGCGAACCGUGCGGCGGAAGCGGUGCCAAGCCCGGCACGAGCCCCAAGAAGUGCAAGUCGUGCAAUGGCAGCGGCGUCGAGAUUCUGCAGCAAGGCUUCUUUGCCGUCGAGCAGCCUUGCCGUCGUUGCCGUGGCGAAGGUGUUACGAUCGACAACCCGUGCGGGACGUGCCGGGGCCGCGGCAAAGUGAAAAAGUCUCGAACGGUCGAGGUCAAGAUUCCCGAAGGCGUCGACAAUGGCAUGAACUUGCGCCUGGCGAACCAGGGCGAAGCGGGCAGCAAAGGCGGGCCGGCGGGACACUUGUACGUUGCCGUGUCGGUGGCGCCAGAUCCGUUCUUCAAGCGUGACAAAGUGGACGUCCGGUGCGAAGUCCCCAUCUCGAUUGCGCAGGCGGUGCUUGGCGGGUCGGUCGUGGUGCCAACGUUGACCGGUCAAGUUGAACUCACGAUUCCAAAGGGCACGCAGCCUGGAACGACGCUCAAGAUGCGCGGCAAAGGCAUCAAGGAGCUCAACUCGUCGCGCCGCGGUUCCCAACUCGUCACGCUCAACGUGCAUGUGCCCGACUCGCUGUCGGACCGCCAGAAGGAGCUCAUGGAAGAGUUUGCGGAGGAAGAAAAGCGCCGGGGACAAGACGGAGAGUCGUCAUGCAAGAGUCACACGUUUGCCGACACGGUGCGGGCGACAGUGGAUCGCAUCAAGCAAUAUAUGAAGCCGUCCAGCGACCAGUAG